AUGGCUUAUUGGGCGCAGACUAUCCUGCUCGUCAACAUAAUAACAUCAGCGGCAAGAGGGAGAGUGGGAAAAGAGCCUUCUACAGAGUGCAGAAAAUUCCUUUACAUGGGAACACCACCGACUGUGCUGGAGCACCCGUCGCUCCAGUUCAUUUGCCAGCAUUACAACAAGAGGCCACGCUACAUGACGCUGUACAACACCGUGGACCAUGUGCCGGUGUACUCUGCGUACACUUUCAAACGCUCAGACGGGGAGAACUGUGUGGGUGUCCCAUGGAUGUAUGAACCGCAGCUGUCCACAUACUCUGGUACAGAUGAGAUGCAGCCCUUCCCACGUGGUUACAUGCACAUGAAUUUCCAAGAUGCCCAAGCUGUUCUGGAUGAUUAUGCAAACGCCAUCCUCUAUGAGCGUGGCACCCUCAACCCAGAAGAGCAUCAGAACGAACCUGAUGACAAGGCCUCCACCUACACCCUCACCAAUGCCGUGCCCAUGGCGCCCGACUUCAACAACAGAAUCUGGAACCAACAGGAGAGCAUCAUCCGCAAACGGCUUAACAAUUACUGCCAUGGAACAUCUUACAUAGUCACAGGUAUCACCACCUCUGGGAAGAUGAUCCGCCGGGAAAACAUCAACCGCGUAGCAGUGCCCACAUACAUGUGGUCCGCUUAUUGCUGUGUUGACUACGACAACAACGCACCUUACAGUGAGCGCUACAAGUUCCCAUCUUUUGCACAUUAUGGCCGAAAUGAGGAGGAGAACAACGAGGUGGUGGAAGUCUCAGUCAAGGACCUGAAGAAGUUCCUCAAGAAGACGACCUUUUUCGAAAAGAACUUUCAGAUCUUUGUAGAUGACUGUGUCCCACAAGGGUCCAGUAAAAUGAUAUAG